CCGACCUCUACCCUCAAUCUCGACGUCUGACCUUUGUCCCAUCGACGCUCUGGGCUCGUGCUGUUGCCGCUCAGAGAUACACCAUCGUUUUCUUGAUCUGCAACUUUUGUCUUGCCUCACCGGGCCUCCUGCGCACACCUGUGUUACACCGCUACUCUCUGCCUCCACCACGAUUGCACCCCCCGGGACCUCGCAAUCCCGUCUCCUUUGUUUGCAAUUCGAUUCUAUGUCGAACUGAAAUCCAUCUUCUUGACGGUCCACCGGUACAUUCACCACUCUCUUCCCAAUAUUGCGCCCACCAUGUCACACAAUGAGCCACCUACCGUUGUCCCUCGACGUCGGACUUCAGUCCUCGUUCGAGAGCGCCCCCGAACGGCUUAUGACUUUGACAAUAUGACUGACAACUACGUUACUCUUGCCCGACCCGUCACUCGCAUGUCUUUCAUUCCCAGCUCAAACUCCUGCGACUUGCUCGACUGGCAGAGAUUUUCUCUUCCCCAGGGAAAUAUCGUCCAACCACAUUCCAACGAUCACUUUACAGACCCUUUUGCCGAUUUCUCUUCCGACUCAACCCCUCCGCCUGCGCUGCAUCAGCGGCGCUAUUCCACCUUGACCCAAUCAUUCAAGCACGGCAUGUCAGAACUCAAGUCUCUGACUCGGAGGAUGUCCUUGACAGUCAAGAGCAAGACUAGCAAGCAAAAGGACGACUUGCUCGACAGACGACCCCAAGGCCCUACUCGCCCCUCGCCUAAGGACGUGUUAGAUUUCUCCGAUACCGUUAUGGCCCCACCAAAGUCGCGAGGUCGCCUACUCUCGUCCCUGCCUUCUAGACGCAGACCUUCUUUGCCGUUGCUUCAGAUGGAGACCUUUAGGGAGCCAACCAUUGACACGACCGAUCCCCUUUUUCGAAGUUCUCGCAACCGUGGACAGCCAGUGCUCUCUGACCUGGUCUUUGGUGGCGCUGGCGCCAGGGCCGCCGCGGCUGCACAAAACGAGCUUUUCCAUGCUUCGCGGACACCACCACUUCCCCCGUACGAGCCCCGGGAAGUUGACCAAAGCAAAGUGGAGCAGGACGCGGAGAGCGGCAUCGGCAUCGUGCUAGAUACACGCCCCAGCCGUGAAUCUUCUCCGGCAAACACUCAUGUCUUGUGCCGAGAUCCAACCACCCUACUCGCGACUGAAUUGCUCGAGCACAUUCUUUCCUUCUUGGACAUCAAGUCCUUGAUGCAAGCCUCUUUGGUGUCUCGCAAAUGGAACGAACUCUCUCAAUCACAAGCCGCAUGGAAGCGGGUCUUCUAUCAAGAAUACGGAUCCCAGGCACCUACGCUCUCGUCACAUACCGCGGGUCUCGGUAAGAACAAACCCGGACAAGACUUCCGCAAGCUGUUCCAGGUGCGAACCUUGAUCGACAAGCGAUGGAGGAAUGGUGAAGCUGCCGCCAUCUACCUAAACGGUCACAAGGACAGUGUCUACUGUGCCCAAUUCGACGAGCACAAGAUCAUUACAGGGUCGAGGGACAACACCAUCCGAAUUUGGGACGCACAUACAUAUCAAUGUAUUCGAAAACUGGGCCCGCCAAAUAAUCCGAGAGAAAGACAAAAGCUAGUCCCGCCCCCGGUGGAGCCUCAGGGAGUACUCCCCUUUUUCAAGGCCGAUGUGUCUUCCCCGGACCCACCUGCAACCGAGAUCAACUUAUGGCACCAAGCCUCGGUGCUGUGUCUGCAGUAUGACGAUGAAAUUCUAGUGACGGGGUCUUCAGACUUUUCCUGCCUGGUCUGGUCGAUCAAGGACAAUUACCAGCCCAUGUUCCGCUUGAUCGGCCACCAUGCUGGAGUCUUGGACGUUUGUAUCGACAAACAUCGAAUUGUGACUUGUUCCAAGGACACCACGAUCAAGGUUUGGGACCGAAGUACUGGGCGACUACUCCAGACUCUCUCGGGACAUCGAGGCCCUGUCAACGCCGUUCAGGUUCGCGGAAACUUGCUGGCCAGCGCUAGUGGCGAUGGCAUGUCCAAGCUGUGGCGAUUGGAAGAUGGCGUUUGUAUCAAAGAAUUCCAGUCCAAGGACCGUGGUCUGGCCUGUGUCGAGUUUUCGGAAAACGGAAGGACAAUCUUCGCGGGCGGAAACGAUCAGGUCAUCUAUGAAUACGACACUGUGACGGGCGGCCGGAUCCGAGAGCUCAAAGGGCACCGUGACCUGGUACGGUCGCUUCACUUGGACACGGCCAACUCACGCAUCAUCAGCGGCAGCUACGAUCACUCGAUCAAGGUGUGGAAUGCCACCCAGGGCUUAUCCGACGAGGAUGGCGGCUUGCAGAUCAACUUUGAGGGAUGGACGUCGAGCUGGAUUCUCGCGGCCAAAAGCAAUUAUCGCAAGAUUGUGUGCACCAGCCAGGACGGAAGGGUGGUGAUUAUUGAUUUUGGUUACGGCAUUGAUGGCGUGGACUUGGUCGAAGGCUGAUUUACGACGCAUACCAAGUGACCCCCUCGAUUCUGGCGGUGUCCUUGACGUACACGGUGGUGGUUGACUUGCAUUUUCUUUGAGCGAGGCGUUUCGGUUUAUAAUGCAGCUUGAACAUAUUACAACGCCGUACAACCUGCAUAGCUAUGUGUAUUUAGUAUGAACCUGGAGAGAGACUUCUUCAAGGCGAGACAUAGUAACACGUGGAGAUGUAUAUUUCUUG